AGGGAGGGACGCCGCCGAGUUCCGCCCUAGCAGCCAUGGCCGCGUAGCGUCUCCUCGGCAGCCGCGCUCGGACAUGGGCCUGCCCCGGGCCGGCGGGCGGAGGCAGCGAGUCCCCGCGGCGCUCCUUAGUAUCCCCCUGAAAGUUACAAUUGGAUGAAUGACACAUCAUAUACAAAAGACAAGGUUUUAAGAUGAGUUAGAAAAAUACUGGUAGAGACUUCUAAGAAGCUGUAACAUCCUAGAAGGGACAUAAGUAACAAUAUUAACAUGCCUGCUGUGGCAUCUGUACCUAAGGAGCUCUACCUCUCUACUUCAUUGAAAGAUCUCAACAAGAAGACAGAAGUAAAACCUGAAAAGACCAGUACAAAAAGUUAUGUGCAGAGUGCCCUUAAGAUUUUCAAGGCAGCAGAGGAAAGCAGACUGGAUGGAGAUGAAGAAAAAGCUUACAUCCUAUACAUGAAAUAUGUGGCUGUUUAUAACCUUAUUAGAAAGAGACCUGAUUUUAAGCAGCAGCAGGAUUAUUUUCAUUCAAUUCUGGGACCUACAAAUUUAAAAAAAGCUCUUGAUGAAGCUGAAAUACUGUCAGACAGCCUUAAACUCAGAUACGAGGAAGCUGAAGUUCGGAAAAAACUUGAAGAGAGGGACAGACAAGAGCUGCAGAAAAAGCAAGAACCAAAAGAUGAUGGAAAGAGCUCAGCCAAAAACUCCUCAGAAAGUGCUGUGGAUUCCAAAGGAAAAAGCCAAAGGAUUAAUGGUGAGACAAAGCAUUCACUGGAAAGAAAAGAUCAGUCUGAUAGCCUGAGUGGAGCAGUCACACCUGAGAGACUGUUUGCAAUGAUGUCAGACAAAAAUAUUGAAUUGCUUAUAAUGGAUGCUCGAAAAUCAAAGGAUUAUCAGGAAUCCUGUAUUCCAAAAUCCAUCAGUGUCCCAGAAGAAGCUAUCCAUCCUGGAGAUACUGCUUACCUGAUUGAAGCUAGACUCCCAGAGGAGUCUAGGGAUGCAUGGAAGAGGAGAGGACAGUUCCAUUAUGUUAUACUGCUAGACUGGUUUAGUUCUGCUGAAGACUUAAAGCUGGGAACAACUCUACAGAGCCUGAAAGAUGCACUUUUUAAGUGGGAAAGCAAAACCAUCCUGCAGAAUGAACCUUUAAUUCUAGAGGGAGGUUAUGAAAACUGGCUCCUUUGUUUUCCCCAGUACACAACAAAUGCUAGAGUAACUCCACCCCAGCAUGGCAGGACUGAAGCAGUGACUGUUUCUUUGGAUUUUACAUAUCCAUCUCUGGAAGAGCCAGCUCCUGUGCUACCUGUUGUUGCUGAAAAUGAAGAAAUGGGAGAUAAUUUGGAAGAGAGACUAAAAUCACUUAACAGACCAAACAUACAAGAUGCUGCUGUUCCAAAAUCUGACAGUUCCUUUGUAGUUAAUCCCAUGUCAGUUACAAGAAGUAUCCCUGAGGUGGAUCGUUCUAAAAAGCCUUCACUAAAAAUCCUCGGUGAUAACAGAGCAAAACCUGCAAGUACAAUCAGUGACAGCCAGUCUGGUGAGAGUGGAAGAAUAGUUCCAGACCGCUCCACAAAGCCUGUGCAUGAUGGAAGGAGCACUCUGACAGAAGAAGAAAAAAGUCGGGUCCAUGCAGAAACUGCUGCUCUGUUAGAGAAAAACAGACGGGAAAAGGAACUGCGGGAGAGGCAGCAGCAGGAACAGAGAGAGAGGCUCAGGAGAGAAAAAGAAGAACAAGAACGAAAAGAAAAAGAACAAGAACAAAAGGCAAAAGAGGAACAGAAGGAGAAGGAACACAAAGAAAAGCUACAGCAAUCUAAAGAGGACAGAGAGCAGAAGGAGAGGGAUGAACAAAUAAAAAGAGAGCAGGAGGAAAAGGAACAAGAAAGAGCACACAGAGAAGCAGUAGAAGCAAAAAAGCAAAAUAAAAAUGAACCAGAAAACAUUGGUGCAAAAAGGAUUGAGAUUGACAAAAUAUCCAUGGAAGAAAGAGAAAAGGGAACUCGAACACCAGAAACACAGAAACGGGCACUGGGUGAUGCAUCUCAGACCUUUGUGACUGUUCCAGGCAAGCAAAUGGGGGUUAAAGGACAACCAGACAGUGAAGCUCAAAAGCCAGGACCCCUUAGAGAGGAUUCUGAACAAGAUACUGAAAGACUUAAAUCCCAGCGGGAGCCAUUAAUGAGAGCACGAAGUGAGGAAAUGGGAAGGAUAGUCCCAGGGCUGCCUGCAGGUUGGGUAAAGUUCCUGGAUGACAUCACUGGAACCUAUCGUUACUAUCACUCACCAACCAACACUGUUCAGAUGUACCCACCAGAAAUGGCUCCUGCAGCCACUCCUCCAUCCACCCCUCCCACGCGCAAAGCCAAGGCCAAGGCGGCAGCUGAGCGCGAGAGGGAACACUCCAAGCUCAAGCGCUCCUACUCGUCCCCAGAUAUCACCCAGGCCAUCCAGGAGGAAGACAAGAAAAGAAUUCCUGUCACUCCUGCAGUCAAUCGUGACAAUAAACCUGCAUGUUACACUAAAGCAGAAAUUUCCAGGCUCUCUGCAUCGCAGAUUCGCAAUCUCAAUCCCGUGUUUGGGGGAUCGGGACCAGCUCUGACAGGACUUCGUAAUCUAGGGAACACUUGCUACAUGAAUUCCAUAUUGCAGUGUCUGUGCAAUGCUCCUCACCUGGCUGAGUAUUUCAACAGAAACUUGUAUCAAGCUGAUAUUAACAGGUCAAAUUUCCUGGGGCAUAAAGGUGAAGUGGCUGAAGAGUUUGGUGUAAUAAUGAAAGCUUUAUGGGCAGGACAGUAUAAAUAUAUCAGUCCAAAAGACUUCAAAAUUACAAUUGGGAAAAUUAAUGACCAAUUUGCGGGAUAUAGCCAACAGGACUCCCAAGAAUUGCUUCUCUUUCUAAUGGAUGGCUUGCAUGAGGACCUAAAUAAAGCUGACAACAGGAAAAGAUACAAGGAAGAAAAUAACGAUCACCUGGAUGACUCAAGUGCAGCAGAAAUAGCCUGGCACAAACACAAGCAGCUCAACGAGUCCAUCAUUGUGGCACUGUUCCAAGGGCAGUUCAAAUCCACCGUGCAGUGUCUGACGUGUCACAAGAGGUCCCGAACCUUCGAGGCUUUCAUGUAUCUGUCAUUGCCACUUGCAUCCUCCAGCAAAUGCACUCUGCAGGAAUGCCUUAGAUUGUUCUCCAAAGAAGAAAAGCUCACUGAUAACAAUAGAUUUUACUGUAGCCAUUGCAAAACUCGAAGGGAUUCUUUGAAAAAAAUAGAAAUUUGGAAAUUACCACCUGUUCUUCUUGUGCACUUGAAACGAUUUUCCUAUGAUGGAAGAUGGAAACAAAAGCUUCAAACUUCAGUAGAUUUUCCACUGGAAACUCUUGACCUCUCUCAGUAUGUUAUUGGUCCAAAGACUUCCUUGAAGAGAUACAAUCUGUUCUCAGUAUCGAAUCAUUACGGUGGGCUGGACGGGGGGCACUACACAGCCUACUGCAAAAACGCUUCAAAGCAGCGCUGGUUUAAGUUUGAUGACCACGAAGUGUCCGAGAUCUCGGCGUCCUCGGUGAAGUCCUCAGCUGCUUACAUUCUCUUUUAUACAUCCUAUGAACAGCGAGCAGUAGACAUGGCCACGUAAAGGGAUGUGGCUUAAGGAAACUGGUUUUCUUUCUUCAAGAGCAAAGUAGGCCUGGGAAUGCACACGAAAAUGCAGAAGUGCAGCAGACACAGUCACUGGAGUGGGAGGAGCAGGGUGUCUGCCAGCAGGGCUCGCUGGGGCCGUGGCAGUGCUUCACAAUCAGACUGAUGGGCAAUGCUUGUGGUCAUACUGCCAUCUGUGGAACCAUUUACAAGCAUACUUGCAUUACUGUUUAUUUAAAAAAGAACUAUAUUUUUAGUCUGCUCCAAAAUUAAAUUCUAGCUUAGUCAUCUGAAAUCUAUUAACAAGUAGUUUAAAAUGUCUUAAAAUCCCAAGGCAUAUCUUGGUUUAUUUUUUUCUUUCACUGUUAAUGGCCUUUUCACAUUUCUAACCUUAAGCUUGACUCUACUGUGAAUACUCUAGAACGAUGUAAACAGUUAGGAAUGUAAGUGUACAUAUUGAUUGCAUACUUGCACAUCAGAAUUAUGUAUAUAAUAAAAUGUUGUCCUUUUUGUGAGAAUCUCUAAAACUCAGAGGAUUGCAUUUAUUUGCCAGCUCUAAGUAAUUGCAACACUACUUAAUAAAAAAGCAGAGCUGUAUUAUUUUUUCUGUUAGCUUUUGUCAAUAUUUGUGCACUUCAGAGUUAUUCUAAACAAGAUUUUCCUUUUUAAUUUUUUAAUAUAAAUUUUCAUGUACACAUGCAUUAAAAACCUUAAUGAAGAAAUUAUUUAAAAAUAUAUCCUGUUAAAUGUAUGUUUGGGUUUGGUUUUUCAUUCUCAGCUGUUAUGUAAUGAUCAAGAUUGUACAUAAUAACAAUCUGACUCACACUCACACAGUUUAAAGGUUCUCCAGAUAAAAAUACUGUUUUGCAUAGAGCUGAUUAGUUUAAAAACUUCUUUUAGUUGCAUCUUACAUAUUUCUCUGCUAUGGAUUAGGGUUAGUUUUCCUUUUCUGAUAAGGUUGGCAUUCAAAAGUCUUACAUUCUGAGCUUUUACCUGUCUGUCUGUGUCUGUCUUGCUGGUGGAAUUAAGGCCAAUAUUGAUUGUUUUCCAGAAGCUUGCAACUUGCAAACAAGUUUGAAGUGCUGGAGAAACAAAAAUUACAUCAGUAGAGCAAUGCCUUUUUCUUUCUUCUGUAUUAAUGGUCACUCCAUCCUCUCUUCUGUAGCACAGUCUGGUCUGGUUGUGUGCUUUCACUUUGGUAUCCUUCUGUUAGUUCCUGAAAGGCAGCUUAGAACAACCUACUAUACUUAACCAGCAGAAAAAGAAGAAUUUCCAGGUAAGUGCAUCUGUGUGCUCAACAUCCAUGUUGUUUUGAGGGGUGCAAGAAGGGUGUCAUGGAAAACAGCCCUGGCCCUUGUGCACAUGGAGCAGAUGCACAUUCCGUCAUGGCUUAGGGCUGUAACUGUCCUUUCUAGGAGUCACUUCCUGAAAGACCACAACAGCUGAUCAGUGGUGCACAUGCUCUAGUUUAUUGAUGAAACAGGAGUUGGCUAAUGCUGCUGGUGAAUUCUAGGUGCUGCCCUACCUAGUGUUCCUUUUCAAGACUAACAGGGUGUCAGUAGCCUUGGGAGAUGUAGAAGAGGAGGUAAGCUGUGUCAGCCUGCACUGCAGAGUCUGGGAUCUUGGUGACCUGGGCAUCAUCAAAGCUGUACCAGUGCUGGGUGAUUGAGUGCUUGCAGAAGGCCGUGUAGUGGCCAUAAUCCAGAUCUCCAGCAUGGUUCUGUAACAAACAACACAGUCUGUUAAAACCAGACUCCUGUUCUGUCUCCUUACAGGCAAAGCUAGGAACUGGCAAUGGUUUCGUGUAUGCACUUGGAAAAGAUGGCACUGAGGGUUCUAGCCCCUUUUGGCUUAGGGCAGGGAAUGUUAAUUCAAAUAAAUUCUUUCAACCAGA